GAUCGAUACGAUCUCUAAUUAGGGUUUAAUACAAAUUAUAGUGUGAGUCUAGAGUAGGUAGUCAAAAACCAGCUUGAGGUUUAAUGUUUCGAUAAUAAGUUACUAAGCUAUUAGAAGCUGUUCAAUCAAACCGAAUUCUAUGAUUGACAUGACACCCACUCCCCCCCCCGUUCAAAGAUCACUCUUUGACAACAGUUGGAUUGCAUUGGAUAUAAAAAUUAGGUGUAUCCAUAUAUUCAAACUGCUGAACAAUUCAAUUCAGCACAUGUCCCAAAAGAAAUCAAAGUUGAGAAUAUACAGCAGUAGACAGUAUAAGACUAAACAAAACAUCGCGAAAAUCGAUCAUUUCUAAUGAAAAUCUGUCGAAAUGAAGAACAAUAUUAAGUUAUUAAUAUUUCUAGUGUGUUUUACAUUAAUUAGGGCACAAAUUGAAAAAGAAGAGGUUUCUUUAAAGUUUGAGAUACAGAAUGAUCAGCAUCAAGAAUCAGACGAGCAGUUUGUUGCUGUUCAUGUCAAUCAAAUGGGAGUCGACAUGCUUAAUCCCAAUGAGACGUUUGCUGAAGAAAUCGUACAGCCGUUCAUACCAAACCAUUUUACGUUCCAAUAUGCCUUAAACCUCACGAGGGAAAUUGUAAAUGGAUUUAAGUACGAAAUCAUCUUUGUCAUGAAGAAUGAGCAUGACGAGGAUAUUUAUUGUGAAAUGGACGUGCUAGAAAAACCGUGGCUGACAAAAGAUAAUAAAAAGUAUCGAAAAAUGGUUUACAAUAACUGCUCAUUAGUCAAUUCUGUGGACGAUGAGGAACGUACGAAGUUUGAAUAUGAUAUUAAUCCAAUUUAUGUGAAUCAGCGAUCGGAAAUGAGCAGUGAUGAGAUUCGUCUUAUGGAAGAUGAAAUUAUUACAGAAAAGUCCCAAGAAGAUGAAACAGUAGUAACAGAACAGACAACGACAAUAGUUUUAGAAGACGCAACAUUAUCAGCAUUAGAUCCAUCAUCCAAAAAUAUCCUCGAUAACUUCUUUAACAUGAAUCAUUAUUUCCCACAUACCACAGCAUCAACCACAACGACAGCAAGCUCAUUAGAUAACAUAGACAUGAAAAUUAUCGAUGAGAUGCUGGAAAGUCGCAAAAUUGAAGACUCACAAGCACAGCAAACACAUGAAUCAUCUACAAAUAUUAAUAUAGAGACAACAACUCAACUUGAUGCUGAAGCUUUACUUAACGAAAGAAGAAGGAACAGUGAAGCAUUAAAAGAACUAGAAGUUGAGAUUAAAAAGACCUUUAGUGAACUCUUCCAAACAGAUCCUGAAUUCCAAACAAACAUUAUUGCACUUAUAAAUCGUAAAGAUGACUCAAACGUACAAGUCAAUUAUAAUUACGUAGUUAAUAUCUUAGCGAAUAAGCUUAAAGAUAAAAUUGAAGCUUACAAUGAACGACGUAAUAAUGAAUCACUAGCUAAUCGACGCAAGAGAGCGAUUGAUUCCCAUGAAAAUUCUAAUUCCAAUACAGGAAGUUACUUUCGACCUCAGGGAUUGCCAGGAGGAAUCAGUCCAAUCAGCGUUGAUGACGAAGAAGUUAAGCUUUUUGUAAAGGAAGCUGUUGAUGAAGUUAAUGUUAAGGAAGAGCCUGAUUAUGUCAUUAAGAAAAUCAUCUCAGCAUCCAGCCAAAUCGUUCAAGGUAUCCGAUACAGAAUCAAAGUUUUGAUCGAAUACGGUGGUGAAGAUGUGACUUGCGAUUUGGAUAUUUGGGAGCAAUCGUGGAUUGUUGAUGGACGUGAAGUAAAAAUUAUUUGUGAUAACAUGAAGCUCUACAAAUUCAACCAAAAUCCAGUUUAUCAACGACAAAAGUCUCGAAACCGUCGACAAAUUCCUGGUGCACCAAGUUCAAUUGACUCUGAUGACGAUCAAGUUGACUUAUUUUUGAGAGAAGCUGUUGAUGAAGUCAAUGGACAGGAAGAUCCUGAUUAUUCAAUCGUUCGAGUGAUAUCAGCAACUUCUCAAGUUGUGGCAGGCUUAAAGUACAAGAUCAAGGCAGAACUACUUGUCGGUGAAAGUAAUGUCAUCUGUGAUUUUGAAGUUUGGGAACGAGCAUGGAUCAAAGAUGGUCGUCAAGUAAAAAUAGACUGUGAUAAUCAAAAGCUUUACAGCUUCAAGCAAAACCCAGUAAGUCAGCGUGGACGGAAGACAAUUGUUGGAGGUCCUUCGGAAGUAUCAUCAGACGAUGAAGAUGCAAUUAAGCUAUUAAAUGAACACAUCACACGAUUAGAUUCAGGAUCAGAUUCGCCAUUGGAAGUUGUAAGAAUUGAUAAAGUUUCUAAGCAGGUUGUAGCUGGCAUUAAAUACAACAUUAAGGGUGUAUUCAAAGCUGGUAGUGAUGAAAAGACUUGCUCAGUAAGCAUCUGGCAUAGAGCAUGGAUCAAAACAGACGAUGGAACUCAAAUUGAAGCAAAUUGCGAAGAUGGUGCUAAAUUAAAGCAAAAAUCCAGAAGCAAGCGAUCAGCUCAUCAUCAUCAUAAUCACAGACCAUUGCAUGACCAUACUGAUCAUCACGAAAGGCAUCAUCACGCCUCAACAACCGAACAAGUUAAUGAAGUUAAGGCUGAAUACUUAUUUGAAGAAUUCACUAAAAAGUACAAUAGACGUUAUGGAAAUGACCUUGAGCAUAAACAAAGAAUGAGAAUUUUUAAGAAGAAUUUGCAUAAAAUUGAAAUGCUUAACAAGCAUGAACAAGGUACUGCAAAGUACGGCAUUACUGAAUUCACUGACAUGACUGAAAAGGAGUAUCUGAGAAAAACUGGACUUCUUGGCAAGCGUCGUCAUGAUAAUGAUUUGAACAAUCCAAUGGCUAACAUUCCAGACGUAGAGCUUCCAACUGAAUUUGACUGGAGAGACAAAUCUGCAAUUACUGCUGUUAAGAAUCAAGGAAAUUGUGGAAGCUGCUGGAGCUUCUCAGUCACUGGCAACAUUGAAGGACUUCAUGCCAUCAAAACUGGCAAAUUGGAAGCUUAUUCAGAACAAGAAUUGCUCGAUUGUGAUACAACGGAUAAUGCUUGUAAUGGUGGCUACAUGGAUGACGCAUUCAAGGCAAUUGAAAAGAUUGGUGGAUUAGAAUUAGAAGAUGAAUAUCCAUACCAAGCUAAGAAACAAAAGAAAUGCUUAUUCAACCAGACAAUGAGUCAUGUUCAAGUUAAAGGAGUCGUUGAUCUUCCAAAAGACGAAGUUGCCAUGCAGAAGUUCUUAGUCUCAACAGGUCCAAUUUCAAUUGGAAUUAACGCAAAUGCUAUGCAGUUCUAUCGCGGUGGUGUUUCUCAUCCAUGGAAAGUCUUGUGCAGAAAAUCAAACUUGGAUCAUGGAGUUUUGAUUGUUGGAUAUGGAAUCAAGGAAUAUCCAAUGUUCAACAAGACUUUGCCUUAUUGGACAAUCAAGAACUCAUGGGGACCAAAAUGGGGAGAGCAAGGAUAUUAUCGAGUCUACCGAGGUGAUAAUACUUGUGGUGUUAGUGAAAUGGCCAGUUCAGCUGUGCUCGAAUAAAUCCAGUUGAGAUGUUGUAUAAAUUACUCGUAGUUGAUGAUUUAGUGUGACAUUUAGGAUUGAAAAGACAACGACAAUAAGACAACUUAAAUUGUUAUAAGAUUAGCAUGUGAUGAAGGAAGGAACAAACUUUUCCUUUUUGUUUUUAAAAUUACUCGAACAAAAUAAUUCUCUCUGUAAUGUGAAUGAAAUUACUUAAAAAUAAUCGUAAGGAUUGAUAGUCUUUGGAUGGAUUCAUUGGUUAAAGGUUUAAAUCUGAUGAAUUAAUUUUAAAUCCGAUGGAUUUAAAAUCUAAAUCAACUCAAUAGCAAUUUAAUGAAUGAAUUUAAUCCAAUUCAACAUAAAUCAAUCCACAGAUCUAAUUCUUAUAUCCUAUAUCUGAACAAAACUCUAUUUUUGGAUUUAUAUUUUUCCUGAAUUUUUAAAAUUGGAUUAAAAAAAUAAAAUCUUCAUUUACAAAC